CAUCAUCAUCUCUCUCUCUCUUGCUUAAAACAAUCAAAUUUUUCUCUUACAAGCAAUUCAUCGUUUUUUGUCUAAAUGGAGUCUACAGGAAAAGUGAAGAAGGGCGCAGCUGGAAGAAGAGGUGGCGGUCCAAAGAAGAAGCCGGUAACCCGGUCUGUUAGAGCCGGUUUACAGUUUCCGGUCGGCAGAAUUGGUCGUUACUUGAAAAAAGGACGAUAUGCUCAACGUGUUGGUACUGGUGCUCCCGUUUACUUGGCUGCUGUUCUUGAAUAUUUGGCUGCUGAGGUGUUGGAAUUGGCUGGAAAUGCUGCUCGUGACAACAAGAAGAACAGAAUUAUUCCAAGGCAUUUGCUUUUGGCUGUGAGGAACGAUGAAGAGUUAGGAAAGCUGCUUGCUGGUGUGACAAUUGCACAUGGCGGUGUUCUUCCAAACAUUAACCCUAUUUUGUUGCCUAAGAAAACUGGUGGUGAAAAGGCUGGCAAAGAACCUAAAUCUCCAUCCAAAGCUGGCAAGUCUCCUAAGAAGGCUUAGAUUUAGUGGUUGUGUUUUUUUGGAUGUUCCUAUGUAUGUAAUUGUGAUGAUUGCCCUUCAGGGAUAUUUAAAAGGAAUUAGUUGGAACUACCUGUUGUUAGGAUUUCCUUUAUUAUCAAUCAAUGAAACCCCUUGUUUCGGCUUUACAA